AUGAGGUACCAAGGAAGAUCAACAUAUAGGCCUAUACCAAGAUGAAGUUUAUGACCUUCUGAGCUGACUGUGCCUCUGCUUUCCCGGGAGCCCAGUCAUGAAGAGUCUCAAGAAGAGGAACCACUAACUGAAAGUCGGGAUCCUACACCUGGUCAGGAAAGAGAAGAAGAUCAGGGUGCAGCUGAGAUUCAAGUGUCUGACCUGGAAGCUGAUCUCCAAGAGCUGUCUCAGUCAAAGACUGGGAAUGAAUGCAGAGAUGAUCCUGAUGUCAAGGGGAAGAUUCUGCCAAAACUAGAGCAUUUUAAAAUGCCAGAAGCAGAGCUCUGCAGGGAGAAGUUGUGGCUUCAUUCUUUCCGCCAUCUUCGUUCUUUCUCACUGACCGAGACUCAGCCGGUAGGUCCGCAGAGCGGUCUUCCUGGGAAUUCAGUUGUGAGUGAAUGUGUGGAGGAGCCAGCGUUAGGACAGGUCCCAUAG